UGGUGCAGAGUCGGACGGCAACGACGUUGGACGCGCCCCUUCUUGGAAGAAUGUCCCACCACGGAGGAACUCCCAAGGCCUCUACAUGGGUCGUUGCUAGUCGGCGAAGCUCGACAGUGUCCCGAGCACCAGAGAGGUGGCCGGUGGAGGAGUUGAAUCGAAGCGGUCCUGAGGGAUAUAGUGUCGGCAGAGGUGGCCGCUGGAGAGACCCCUGUAGGCCCCCGGAGGCCGUGGCCGCUGGUCACGAGGAACCGCCGCUUUGUUUUGCUUUGAAGAACCACUUUGUCGGCGCGGUGAUCGGUCGUGGUGGGUCAAAAAUAAAGAAUAUACAAAGUACAACAAACACCACAAUCCAAAUAAUACAAGAACAACCAGAAUCAUUAGUCAAAAUUUUUGGCAGCAAGGCAAUGCAAACGAAAGCAAAAGCAGUGAUAGAUAAUUUUGUUAAAAAGCUAGAAGAAAAUUACAAUUCAGAAUGUGGAGUUGAUACUGCAUUUCAACCUUCUGUUGGAAAAGAUCGAAGCACAGAUAACAAUGUUGUUGCAGGAGAUCGGCCAUUGAUAGAUUGGGAUCAAAUUAGAGAGGAAGGUUUGAAAUGGCAAAAAACAAAGUGGGCAGAUUUACCACCAAUUAAGAAAAACUUUUAUAAAGAGUCCACUGCCACAAGUGCCAUGUCAAAAGUACAAGCAGAUAGUUGGAGGAAAGAAAAUUUUAAUAUAACAUGGGAUGACUUGAAGGAUGGGGAGAAACGAACUAUCCCCAAUCCUACCUGCACAUUUGAUGACGCCUUUCAAUGUUAUCCUGAGGUUAUGGAAAACAUUAAAAAGGCAGGUUUUCAAAAGCCAACACCUAUUCAGUCACAGGCAUGGCCCAUUGUGUUGCAAGGAAUAGAUCUUAUAGGAGUAGCCCAGACUGGAACAGGAAAGACAUUGUGUUAUUUAAUGCCUGGAUUUAUUCAUCUGGACCUUCAACCCACCCUUAAAGGUCAAAGGAAUAGACCCGGCAUGUUAGUUCUAACUCCCACUCGGGAAUUAGCACUUCAAGUAGAAGGAGAAUGUUGCAAAUAUUCAUAUAAAGGGCUUCGGAGUGUUUGUGUAUAUGGUGGUGGAAAUAGAGAUGAACAAAUAGAAGAGCUUAGAAAAGGUGUAGAUAUCAUAAUUGCAACUCCCGGAAGAUUGAAUGAUCUGCAAAUGAAUAACUUUGUCAAUCUGAAGAAUAUAACCUACUUGGUUUUAGAUGAAGCAGACAAGAUGUUGGACAUGGGAUUUGAACCCCAGAUAAUGAAGAUUUUGUUAGAUGUGCGUCCAGAUAGGCAGAUGGUUAUGACCAGUGCUACAUGGCCUCAUUCAGUUCAUCGCCUCGCACAAUCUUAUUUGAAAGAACCAAUGAUUGUCUAUGUUGGUACAUUGGAUCUAGUUGCUGUAAGUUCAGUGAAGCAAAAUAUAAUUGUAACCACCGAGGAAGAGAAAUGGAGUCACAUGCAUACUUUUCUACAGAAUAUGUCAUCCACAGACAAAGUCAUUGUCUUCGUUUCUCGAAAAGCUGUUGCGGAUCACUUAUCAAGUGACCUAAUACUUGGAAAUAUAUCAAUAGAGUCUCUGCAUGGAGAUAGAGAACAGAGAGAUCGGGAGAAAGCAUUAGAGAACUUUAAAACAGGCAAAGUGAGAAUACUAAUUGCAACUGAUCUAGCCUCUAGAGGACUUGAUGUCCAUGACGUUACACAUGUCUAUAAUUUUGACUUUCCACGGAACAUUGAAGAAUAUGUACACCGAAUAGGGCGCACGGGAAGAGCAGGGAGGACUGGUGUUUCCAUUACAACUUUGACUAGAAAUGAUUGGAGGGUUGCCUCUGAAUUGAUUAAUAUUCUGGAAAGAGCAAAUCAGAGUAUUCCAGAGGAGCUUGUGUCAAUGGCUGAGAGGUUUAAGGCACAUCAACAGAAAAGGGAAAUGGAAAGAAAAAUGGAAAGACCUCAAGGAAGGCCCAGGAAGUUUCAUUAA